UGAGAUGCUGUCGAGUGUUCCUUUCUUUGGAAGGAUGUAAAAAUUUUCUGCUGUUGCUGCUGCUGGCGCUGCUGGAUUUUUUACCCUCCUUCUUGGUUUCUCUCAGCAGCAACUAUGGUGGCGACAACGAGAGGAAAGGCGGCUGUAGCUAUGAGUAGCUACGACGACGACCCCUUAGAGGCUUCCUACCAUGACGAUGUGUUAGACACCAGCGUCGAUGACGACUUGUUAGAUAUGGACAUCAGCGACAAUAACGACCUGUCGGACAUGGACAUUAGCGACGAUAACGACCUGUCGGAUAUGGACAUUAGCGACGAUGACGACCUGUGGGACAUGGACACUAGCGAUGACGACGACGAAGUGGAAAGCCCCGAGUCACUGUAUCUUUUCAAGGCAUAUGGCGCUUAUUGUGCCUUUGCUGAUGGACGCAAAUUGCAAAUUGCCCAAUCGUUGCCGUCUAUACCAACACUGGUUCAAACCAUCUUCGGGCUAGAACUACAAUGGGCACCCGGGCUUUGCCCACUCUUCAACGCUGCCAGUGCCCCCAAUCUCGAUACUCUUAGAUCGUUACCGGAGUUCUCCUCGGACGAUGAACGAGCUUGGGCGAUUUACUUACUCAUCUUCGAGCAUAACGGACAGCCACCAUUAGUAUAUGUUGGCUCGGGUACGCACAGGAGCCUAGGCGUACAAUACAGGCUUGACGAGUAUAGCCGAGGGGCGGGUUUUUCGAGGUAUACCGCCGCGGCCAUCGCAAAAGGCUACACCCUCACCCACAAAAAAAUAUUAGUUAAGACACCAUCUCCUCUUCACCUCCCAGCUCGCGCCCUCUUCUAUAUCCUGGAGGCUGCUAUAACAUUCAGCCUAUAUGCUUACGAAGACCGAGGUAUCGUCGACCCUACGCUCACAAAACACCCAAUGGGCUUCGUCAAUCCCAUAUGGAGGAUUAUGUUCCCAUCCGGCCUGGAGCGAAGUGUAUUCGUCUGGCCUCACAGGAGCCAAACUCGAGGCCGCCAUACUUCUUGCAGAGCAAAACGCCAAAGAACAUCAGAAGGAGCGUUGGGUUAGGUACAAGCAAGACCCAGUCAAACACAAGGCACUCCUAGACCAGAGAAAGGCAGAGUAUCAGAGGCGGCGGCCUCAGGUACUUGCGUACGCAAAAGCGAAGCUGUACGAGUUGAGGGAGGAUCCCAUCAAACAUACUCAACACAAAGCGAAGUUUAAUGCGAGAUAUAAGGCGAAGAUGGAUAAACUCAAGGAGGAUCCCGCGGCACACGCUGCAUACAGGGCGAAGAGGACUAAGAGGGAGGCCGCUAGGAAAUUAGAUCCCGUCAAAGAUGCUCAACACAAGGCGAAGAGAAGAGCUCAAGCAAAGGCGAGGAUGGAGAAGAGGAAGAUGAAGUAGAGACGACUCAUCAGCUCUCUGUAAGUUGCU